AUGCAUCGUCCUGGUGGAUAUAUGCAUCGAGAUCUAAAACCAGAUAACUUGCUGGUCGCUAGAGAUGGAGAUUCAAUAAAGAUCGCGGAUUUUCGCCAAGCUAGGGAAAUUGAUUCUAAAUCACCGUGUUCAGAUUAUGUUACUACACGGAUGUACCGCGCACCUGAAGUGUUGUUAAACUCGGUUUCGUAUACCUCUGCUGUUGAUAUGUGGGCAGUUGGGGCUAUAAUGGCCGAACUGUAUUCGUUUCGUCCUCUUUUUCCUGGUAAGAAUCGAGCAGAUCAGCUGUAUAAGAUUUGCAGUGUAAUUGGAAGUCCAACUUAUGAGUCGUGGGCAGAAGGAAUACAACUUGCCAAUUGGUGUGGUUACAAGUUUCCUCAAGUACAUCCAUAUGGUAUUUCUACAAUGAUACCAUCUGCUAGUCAUGAGGCUAUAGAUCUGAUUAAAUCCCUUUGUUCUUGGGAUCCAAAAAAUAGACCAACAGCUAUGGAGGCUCUGAAGCAUCCUUACUUUGCGCCCGAUAUGCGUGAAUUUCCAGAAGCAACAACAAAUGCAAAAUUGGAGCAGAGAAUAUAUCCUAAUCAGACUUGCUUUGGUGAAAAACUUCUUGGCCCUUUCUCCCCUGUUAGAGAUAUUACAAUUGAAGAUAUGUUAAAGAGGGUUUGGGCAGAGGAUACAAGUGCAAAGUUCGCGCAGAGAAUAUAUCCUAAUCAGACUUGCUUUGGUGUAGAACUUUUUGGCCCUUUCUCCCCUGUAGAAAACAUGACAAGUCAAGAUCUGUUUGAGAGUGUUUGGGGUUGCAGUUUAGAUGCCUCUUUCAGAGAGAUAACUCAUCAGGAGAAGCAGACAGCAGCAGCAGCGCAUGCUUUCUAA